AUGUUGGCAUGCUCUGCCCAGCCUCAGCUUGACUACAAGCUUCAAGACCACGGCUAUGUAGCCGCCUUGCAGAUAUGUGACCUGAGCCAGUCCCGGUCUGGCCAUGCUGCAAAGAGCUCCGUCGCCAAAUGCGGACUUGUUGACCGCUCUGCGACUCGCUCCAGCAAUGGGGGAUCACUGAGGCCCGGCGCAACGAGGGCAUUCUGCGCGCAGACGCAACAGGCUGGCAUCCGGGCCAGGUUCCGAUAG